CAACCGGGUGAAAAGAGCAACUUGUCACCAUACUGUUCCUCCCAUAAAGCGCAUCUAAAGACGAGUAUACAGCAAAGAAACUACAAUUUCUUCAAUAUAUAUGUUUUGCAUAUAUUAUUUGCCAUCUUUCCCUCUCAAUAUUUUUUGUUGAAAUGGAAGUGUAACUUCAAUAGACGUCUUGUUCUCCGCCAGACUUUCUCGUAAUAAACUCUUCCCUUCCACCCUGUUAGAACUUUUCUCUGCCUCGGUUACGUCGCUUGCUCCUAUAUAACCAGAAUGGCUACUUCAGCAUUUCACCAAGCCCUUGGGACUCUUCAUUCCCAUGGAUAUCUUAACAACUCUGGUCUUCGCCAUGAGCUUGGGGACAAUUCACUGAGAUUGAUUUCAAAGGGUUUCAAGGUUGAAAUUGGACUCUCAAGAAGGGGAUGUUAUCCGUCUGACCAGAGGAAAUUUGGUGUAUUUCAAGCCUCAGCCUCUCAAACUUCAGUGUUUGAACCAGUUUCAUCCCCCUCAAAGAGCAACACCAGUAGCUCUCAGAAGAAAUCUAAUGAGGUAGCUUUGAUUCUGAUUAGGCAUGGUGAGUCAUUAUGGAACGAAAAGAACUUGUUCACAGGUUGUGUUGAUGUCCCACUAACUAAGAAGGGCGUGGAGGAGGCAAUAGAAGCUGGCAAGAGAAUCAGCAAUAUACCUGUCGACAUGAUCUAUACAUCUGCCCUGAUUCGAGCACAGAUGACAGCCAUGCUUGCCAUGACCCAGCACCGUCGUAGGAAGGUGCCAAUUAUUAUUCAUAAUGAGAGUGAGCAGGCAAGGACAUGGAGUCAAAUUUUCAGUGAAGACACCAAAAAGCAAUCCAUUCCAGUCAUAGCAGCUUGGCAAUUGAAUGAAAGAAUGUAUGGAGAAUUACAAGGUCUAAAUAAGCAGGAGACGGCAGAUAGAUAUGGGAAGGAACAAGUUCAUGAGUGGCGUCGGAGUUAUGAUAUUCCUCCUCCUAAUGGCGAGAGUUUGGAAAUGUGUGCUCAAAGGGCUGUUGCUUAUUUCAAGGAUCAAAUUGAACCCCAGCUUCUAUGUGGAAAGAAUGUUAUGAUUGCUGCCCAUGGGAAUUCAUUGAGGUCCAUCAUUAUGUAUCUUGACAAAUUAACUUCGCAAGAGGUUAUCAGUUUAGAACUAUCAACCGGAAUACCCAUGCUUUACAUUUUCAAAGAGGGAAGAUUCAUUAGGAGAGGAAGUCCCGUAGCACCUACCGAGGCAGGAGUUUAUGCUUAUACUAGGAAUUUAGCUCAAUACAGGCAGAAGUUAGAUGAGACGCUUCAUUAAUGCGCCUUUUGAAGUAUAGGGGCUUACCUGCUGGUUUCAUAAUUAGAGUACAAGGAAAGAAUUGUUCUUGGUACUGCUUUGUGGGAGCUCGUUGCGUAUCCGUACAGUCUACGACCAGUAGAUCAGAAAGCUGGCUACUACUUCUGUGUGCUUCUUGUAUGCGUGAUCAGGCCUAGAUUUACAUUCCUGUAGUAGAUGUGUGGAAGUAUAGACUUUUAGACAUGUAUUUUUUUUUUUUUUUGUUUCCCUCUUCUAAAGAGUAAAGAGUAAAGACCAAUAUUUAAAAAUUGUAAUUGGUAGAACUGCAAUACGAAUAUCUUUUUUCCACUA